AUGGAAUGCAAAAGAGUGGGACUGCAGGUAGCAGUGAGAACGCUUGAAAUAAAUAUUUACGGUUUAUGCCAAAUUGUGAAAAGUACACAUACAACAAUAUUGAACACAGAUAUUUAUAGCUGUUUUGUUCCGCUGCAGCAGUUGAUGCGCUUGACAGUAUUUUUAUUGGUACUAAAUAUUUGCUGCACGAAUUCUAUACCACGGCUGGCGCAAGCAGCACCUAGUCUCGCCUUGCACAAUUCAAAUUUGACCACAACCGAAAUGCAUAGUACCGCUCCCGCUUGGCCAGCCAGUCUGCAACAUAUUGAUAUUUGGAAUGCGGCAGAGCAAUCGAAUAGGGUGGUGAGUGGGCAAGACUCCGCGGAAGAGUCGGAGGUGCUGCUGCUACAGGCGCACGACGCCUUGCAAUAUGUUGGCACAAACUUCGAUGCUUCUUUGUUAAAUAUUGCUGCCACUGGCGUUGGUGAUGCUGAAACUGAUGUGCCGCUUGAAGGAGCUACCGCGGCCAAUCGUACGCAAAUGCAGCAGAAGCUGGGCGGCCAGCAAAAGCGUGGAGCCUCCAUGAAUACCAUUGAAAAACACUUGGGAAACCAUACGAUAUUUGCACUGCCAAACAAUCGUCAAAAUCGCGUGAUCCACCUUUUCCCUGUACCUGUGGAUGGCGAAUGCCUUUCCGAUGAUGGCCGACGCACUGGCAACUGCUUCAAUGCUUACGAAUGCCGCGCCAAAGGUGGCACCGCGAAAGGCGAGUGUGCCAUGGGAUUCGGUGUAUGCUGUAUAUUCAUCGCCAGCUGCAACACCACCAUCAGCAACAACAUCACCUACUUGGUGUCACCACAAUUCCCCAGUUUCAUGCCAAGCAAUUACAGUGCGCCUUGCAACUUUAAAAUCCAACUGAUGGGCAAUGAAGUCAGCCAGCUGCGCAUAGAUUUCUAUCACUUUUCAAUGGGACAACCGAAUCGACGCACUGGCAUCUGUGAUGGGGAUGUGUUCGCUGUGAACGGCGGACCAAGCGGCGAGCUGACACUGUGUGGACAAAAUAGCGGUCAGCACGUUUAUUAUGAAGUCGGCGGCGCCGCAGCUCCCCGUCAAACACUCUUUGGCAACCUGCGUCCACUCACCUUCAGUCAGCUCUAUCCGAACAGCAGCGGCAACGUAAUGCCAGUAAUCGAGCUCAGCAUGAACUUCACGCAACGAUUCCAGCCCAUACGCCUCUGGGAGAUACGCAUUGCGCAAAUUCCCUUCAGCCAACGCGCGCCAGUCGGCUGUUUGCAAUACCACACCGGCACUGAGGGUAUCAUACAGACUUUCAAUUUCGCUGAAAACGGGCGGCAUUUAGCCAAUCAGAAUUAUCGCAUCUGCAUGCGUCAGGAACAAGGCAUGUGUUCGAUUAUGUAUCAGCCAUGCGAUGAGCAAUCGUUUCGUAUUGGACCAAGCAGUGCCGGUGAGCCUGGCAUGUUAAAUAUGGGCGCGUCUCUAUUGAUGAUGGAUCCUAUGUUGGCUGGUGCGAUGGGCAGCAUGAUGGGCGGAGGUGGUGGUGCUGGCGCUGGUACUAGCGGUAAUCCUAUGAUGGAUGUCAUGCCCACAAUGCCACCGCCUGUGCUCGCCGAUGAUCCUAAUAUGUUGCAGGUGAUGGAUGCCACAACAACAUUGGCAGCAGCGACGGCAAGCACAACAGCACCCGACGCAGCAGCGAGCACCGCUGCCGGCGCAAUGGAUAGUAGUACAUCGGCAGCAGCAGCAGCAGAUAGCAGCGCUGCGACCAUGCCUACGGAGGCUGUCGGUAGUAGCGCGGCGCCAGCAAGUAGCACAGAGAUGUCGUCUGCCGCGCCAGCUGCUUCCGCUUCCGAAACUCCCGCUGCGUCGUCAGAAGCACCUGCUAGUAGCAGCGCUACGACGUUGGACACGCGCAGUAGCACUACACCGGCCACACCUUCCUCAUCAACACUCAGUGACGAAAUCGCCGACGAAGGCUCUGGCGGUGGUGAUAUUGAUUUGGGUGGUGGCGCGCCAACGCGUCGACCCGGCCCAAUACGUGGUGGCUUCGAUAUUCUCAGCUUUCUGCGCAGCGCUUUCGAUUUUAAUAGUGGGCGACACAUCAACGACGAGUUACGCGCUAGUAAAAGAGAUAGCGAAAACACGCCGAGAAACGCGCGUCAACUGUACUCGCGUUGUACAGAUCGCCUCACCAUGCCGUGCAUUGUGGAAGACUUCAUAGGCAUGGGUCCGUUGGGUUCGCCUACGCUGCCGGGAUGUGAGCCAGUACACUGCGGCACGCAGUUCUGCUCUAGUGGCGCGUGGCCCUGCCGCAUUGAAUCUACCGUUACGCCUUUCUAUGUUGGCGUGCAUUUCGGCAGCGGGGCGGGCAAGGGAAGCGCAGAGGAUAACAUUGGAGCCUGCCUGCGUUAUCAGCAGGUGGAGUGUAUGUGA